CCCAUGUGACCGCGUGCUUCGUUCGCGACGCAACCAACGCGUUGCAGCUCCACACUCCAAGAUACCACCACCCCGCCGACAAGUUUGUACAUCAGGUAGCAAGCUCCAGUAUCCCCACCUACAAAGCACAACCCUGAUUGUUUGGUCGAGUUUGGGGUUCCGCAAGAUGCCGCAAGAUUCUGACUCCGAUACUAUCCGUAUUCUGAUUUCAACCGAUAACCAUGUCGGAUUUGAGGAGCGAGACCCUAUCCGGAAGGAUGACAGCUGGCGCACCUUCGAUGAGAUCAUGCAGCUCGCCCGCACCCGCGAUGUCGAUAUGGUCCUCCUCGGUGGGGACCUAUUCCACGACAACAAGCCGUCGCGCAAGUCCAUGUAUCAAGUUAUGCGUUCACUUCGGAAGAAUUGCCUCGGCAUGAAGCCCUGUGAGCUCGAGUUCCUAAGCGACGCGGCAGAAGUCUUCGAGGGCGCGUUUCCCCAUGUCAACUACCAGGACCCCGACAUCAACAUAUCCACACCUGUUUUCUCCAUUCAUGGGAACCAUGACGACCCAAGCGGCGAUGGCCAUUAUUGUUCACUCGACCUGCUCCAGGUAGCGGGAUUAGUCAACUACUUUGGCCGCGUUCCCGAGGCGGACAAUAUUCAGGUCAAACCCAUCCUCCUCCAGAAGGGGAAAACGAAACUGGCCCUCUACGGGCUAAGCAAUGUCCGCGACGAGCGUAUGCACCGCACAUUCAGGGAUAACAAGGUCAGGUUUUACCGACCGGGCCAGCAGAAGGCCGAUUUCUUCAACCUCUUGGCGGUGCACCAGAACCAUUAUGCACACACGCCGACCAGUUACCUUCCUGAGAACAUGCUGCCGGAUUUCCUGGACCUCGUGCUAUGGGGGCACGAACACGAAUGUCUGAUUGACCCCCAGCGGAAUUCAGAGACGGGUUUUCACGUCAUGCAACCUGGCUCGUCGGUGGCGACAUCCCUCGUACCUGGCGAGGCUGUAACCAAACAGGUUGCGGUUCUCAGCAUUACGGGCAAGUCUUUUGAGGUGGACAAGAUCCCGUUGAAGACGGUCCGACCAUUCGUCACCCAGGAAAUCACGCUGGCCAACGACAAGCGUUUCAAGGGACUCGAAAAGAAACAAGACAACCGUCAAGAUAUUACGAAACGGCUCAUGCUAAUUGUGGACGAUAUGAUCGAGGAGGCUAACGCGAAAUGGCGGUCCAUCCACAGCGAAGGCGAGGCAUACGAGGACGAAGACGAGGGGCAGCCACUGCCCUUGAUCCGGCUCAAGGUGGAGUAUACGGCCCCGGAAGGGUCAAAAUACGAGGUCGAGAAUCCGCAGCGUUUCUCUAACAGGUUCGCGGGGAAAGUAGCAAACCAAAACGACGUUGUGUAUUUCUACCGGAAGAAAACGGGAACUUCAAGGAAAGCCAAGGAUGGAAAUACACUCCCGAGUGGCGUGGCAGAAACCCUUGAAUCCGUAGACACCGUCAAGGUCGACACGCUAGUGCAAGAGUUCUUCGCGCAACAAUCGCUCAAGAUCCUCCCGCAGGCGCCAUUUGGAGAUGCCGUCAACCAGUUCGUCAGCAAGGACGACAAACACGCGGUCGAGAUGUUUGUGAUAGAUUCCCUCUCUUCCCAAGUCAAGGGCUUGCUGCAGCUCGAUGACGACAGGAUCACAGAAGGCCUCGACGCCCACAUCGACGAUUUCCGAAAGGUUAUGGAGAAAAGCUUUGUUUCGGGGCAGCGGAAACAGGCCCAACGUAAGAAGCGGUUUAAGGAGAAGCCUGACGGCUGGGACUCCGACUUGGACGGCCACUGGACAGCGCAGCCCGGUGCUAUCGAGGAAGUCCCGGCAUCCCCGGAGCCUGUUAAGGGACGGGGGCGCACACGACCGAACCCAGGAGCCCUAUUUAGCGACGGCGACGAAGAGCUACCGGAUGACGAAGCACCAGCCAAGCGAGUGGCCGCAAAAGUAACAAAGCCCACAAAAAAGACGGUCCCAGCUAAGAAGGCAGCCCCAGCCAAGAAGGCGGCCGCUCCGAAGAGAGCUCCGGCACGGGGCCGGAAGAAAGCGAAUCCGUUCCAAGACAGCGAGGAGGAGGAAGGGGAAGAGGAGGAAGAUGUCAUUAUGGAAGACGACGUGGAACCAGACCCGCCCGCAAGGGCACCGGCAAGAUCUACUCGGAGCCGUGGUGGUGCUACCAAAGCGCGGCAAACGACCAUCAACUUUUCUCAGUCUCAGAAGCCCAAGGCGUCACAGAAGCCCGUUGAGAUUAGCGAUGACGAGAUCUCUGAGGAUGACGCCUUCGAGUCGAUGCCAGCUACACGAAGCCGGCGACGGUGAACGACCGUCUGGGAAUUGGGCAUCGUCGUGGUUAAGUAGCACGUUGGUAGCAACUCAUUCAUGAGCUUUGUGGCAGAAAGGGUUUUACACACUAGGAGCAAAUGACCAUUGUAGAUGAUAAUGGAUUCUUGAUUUGUUAAAAUCUACUGAUUUGCGG